ACCUUCCGCCCGAGCACUGCAGACACCGACCUCCUGCUCACGUGAUCUACACCGUGGCUGUCUGUCCCUCGGGCCGCCCCGCUCUGCCUGCAAGCUACGCUCUGCGCAGCCCCCUCCCUUCUCUAUGGUGCGGGAGGAGGCGGCGCUUCCGUUCGGAGCCGGAUGUUGGCGGGUUUCUCUCUUGCGAGCGGUUUCUUGGUUCUUCUCAGCUCUGAGACACUUCGGCCCCCGGCCCAGCUGUCACCCCCUUCCGCGGGUCCUGUCCCCUUCCGCGCUAGGCCCCGGCGCCGCCCGUCCUCUUCUCCCGUCUCCUCCACUUCCUCCGCGGCGCUCACUGGCGAGUCGGCCCGGCCGCGGGUGACAGGAUAUGUAACAUGACACUGAUACUCUGGACAGUUUAUCAUAGGCACCUAAGUGAAGUUAUUUCCUUGAAGUAAUGCCCACAGAAAGUGGAAGUUUUGCAGCUGCUCGGCAAGCAAAGCAGAAGCGCAAAUCACACAGUCUUUCUAUACGAAGAACCAACAGUUCUGAGCAGGAAAGGACGGGAUUGCAAAGAGAGAUGUUGGAAGGGCAGAGACAACAUUAUUUGGAGUGUCUGAUAAAUCUAUCUUUGGAGAAACUUAAGUUUGCUUACUUUUUACUGGCAACUGGGACACCUGGUCAGGCAGGCGAUUGUGGUUUAAGGGCUCAGAGUUUUGAGCUAUGCAAAUUAUUUCCCAUCUGCUUAAAACACCCACAGGAUACUAAACUUCCUUCAUCUGUUCGGAAUACACUCUUGGAGCUUUUUGGGCAAAUAGAGCGAGAGUUUGAAAAUCUUUAUAUUGAAAAUUUGGAAUUACGUCGAGAGAUUGAUACACUUAAUGAGCGCUUAGCAGUUGAAGGACAGACAAUUGAUGGAGCUGAACUGAGCAAAGGACAACUGAAAACAAAAGCCAGUCAUAGUACCAGUCAGCUUUCACAGAAAUUGAAGACCACUUACAAGGCAUCUACCAGCAAGCAUUCAAAUUCUUUCCCGGGGAAAGCAGAUGGAUCUCGCAACUUCUGCGUGGGAAACUGGGAAAUAUGGGGUGGAGACUCAUGGAUUGUAUCCAGUUUCAAAACUACAACAUCAAGGGCAAUCUGUCAACUGGUGAAGGAGUAUGUUGGCCACAGGGAUGGUAUUUGGGAUGUCAGUGUCACGAAAACUCAGCCAGUCGUGUUGGGGACAGCAUCUGCUGACCAUACUGCUUUGCUGUGGAGUAUAGAAACAGGAAAGUGCCUUGUCAAAUAUGUAGGGCAUGUCGGAUCAGUAAAUUCUAUAAAGUUCCAUCCAGCGGAGCAAGUAGCUCUUACAGCAUCUGGAGACCAGACAGCUCACAUUUGGAGAUAUAUGGUACAGUUGCCCAUGCCUCAGCCAACAGCAGACUGCAAUCAAAUGUCUGGGGAAGAUGAAGUUGAGUUUUCAGAUAAAGAUGAACCUGAUGGAGAUGGAGAUGGUUCCAGUGACUGUCCCACUAUCCGAGCUCCGUUAACCUCCCUGAAAAGCCAUCAAGGAGUAGUCAUAGCAGCUGACUGGCUGGUUGGAGGGAAGCAAGCUGUAACAGCUUCCUGGGAUAGGACAGCAAAUCUGUAUGAUGUGGAGACAUCUGAACUUGUCCAUUCACUAACAGGGCAUGACCAAGAGCUAACCCAUUGUUGUACACAUCCCACUCAACGUCUUGUGGUGACAUCAUCACGUGAUACAACCUUUCGUCUGUGGGAUUUCAGAGAUCCUUCUAUCCAUUCUGUGAAUGUCUUUCAGGGCCACACAGAUACCGUGACAUCAGCUGUUUUCACAGUGGGCGACAAUGUUGUUUCGGGUAGUGAUGACCGUACUGUGAAAGUCUGGGACUUGAAAAAUAUGAGAUCUCCUAUUGCUACUAUCCGUACAGACUCUGCAGUGAACAGGAUUAAUGUAUGUGUUGGCCAAAGAAUCAUUGCCCUUCCACAUGACAACCGUCAGGUUAGAUUAUUCGACAUGUCAGGAGUGCGAUUAGCACGGCUCCCUCGCAGUAACAGACAGGGCCAUAGAAGAAUGGUUUGCUGUUCAGCUUGGAGCGAAGACCAUCCAAUAUGUAACCUAUUUACCUGUGGGUUUGAUCGUCAGGCUAUUGGCUGGAACAUCAACAUCCCUGCGUUGUUACAAGAAAAAUGAGAUGCUGGAAGAAUUUUUGCUUUUGUUGCCAUGGACUUGUAAACUUAUUUUGUUGUUGCAGACUCUUUUGAAUAUUAGUCUGCCUUCAUUGUAAAAGUUCUCCCUUAAAAGGAGCGCUUUGCAAAUGUUGUUGUUACCACAUUGUGCACCAUUUGCAUGUAAUGUACAGAAAAUGUGACUUUUUUAAAAAUUAGUUUGUCUUGUGUAUGAACUUUUAUAUCUUAGCAUCCACUGGUCAGUAGAAAGGAGUUCACUGUUAUAUAGAGCACAUAUGUGUUCGUAAGCUAUUCAGCAUUUGCUAGAUGAACAUUAGGGCAUUACAUUUGUGACUUUAAUGUGAAAUUUAUAUACUUAUUGUGAAGAAUAUAUAGUAGUCUCUUGCAUUUUCCAUAAUUUUACAUAUCUGCCUUAUGUUUAAAGGAAUCUGCAGGGCUGAACUUCAAGAAGUGUGAAUUUCAGUACUAGUAUCAUGGUAAACAUUUUCUUGUUUGCAUCUGUCUGAAGUAUGAUUUUUAGUGCUGCAAUGUAAUGUAACUUCAACUCCAAUUUUAUUCUAGUUUCUGGAGAAAUAACACGGAUUUGAGAGAGAAAAAGCAAACAACCUCUUGUAAUGUGCAUAGAAUGCUGCGUUAAAACAUUCAGGCUGUUUUUACACAUUUCUCUUGAAAAAGAACAAGAAAAUGUUCAUUCUGCCCUUCAUGCAUAAAGCUCAUUCCAAUCUUAUAGCUUCUCACACUAGCAAAAAUCCAGAAUAUUGUGAUUCUAAUCACUGAAAUCUGUUCAAGCAAAGUUUUAAAGCACUUUAGUUUAUAGCUAUUGUUAUAAACCAUUUAUGAAAGUUUCAGAUGUUCCACUGAAUGUGAGUUGACUUGUAUAGGAAGGAUUUGACACUUUUUGGUUACCUACCCAGAAAGGAAAUUGUGUUUUUGUUUUUACACCUUCAGUGAACAUAUUUUUAAAUGGGUUCAUUUCCCUAGUUUUAUUUUGAGCCAGCAAUAUGAAGUAAAUGAGUGCUACCUCAAAAAAUGAAUUUCGGUCAGGAUAGGUUGAGUCUUUCCAUAACCUCGAAAAAGUGCAUUUGGUCUGUGUCUGAAAUACUGCCUUUAAGAUGAAGAAAGACAAUUAUGCCAAAUAUGAUUUUUAAGAUGAUUAAUACUUAAGGCUAAUGGGGCAAUACCACAGAUAAACAUCACAUGUCAUCUUUGUUCUUGCAGCUCUAACUAGGACUGCUGCAGUCCCUUCUCCAUUCGAGAGGGAAUAAUUCUGUAGUUUUUCCGUCCUUAGUCCCAAGUGAUCUUACACUGGCUUUACUCCUCACUGUGUUUAGCCUUGUUGUACUGGCUGUUGAGUUAUUGCCAGCUGUUGCUCAAAUAAGCAAAUGCAUGUGGCAGCUGACAUUUUCAGAAGGAAGAGGAAGGCUGCUUCAGAGGGACCUUUUAGCUGCCCCUAACUGUCUGACAUAUCGCAGCAUAAGAUGAAAGAUCAGAGUAAUUAGAUGGUGUUGUCUUAUAUAGUAGGAUGUUUAAAGUUGAUUAAUAUCUUAUGGCAAUUAUUAUGAUCUUUUAAUUACAUUCUUAUGAUUAUAUAAAACAAUAGCUGAGCUUGAGUCCUCUACAGCACUGUUUAGAUGGAAGUUGAGAGGCUGAUUUGUUAACCAGAUUUUUCAUUCAUUAGUAUAUGAAGGCAUAGAGGUGCAGUAGAAGGGGAGAAUAAGUGCACCAUUAAGUAAUUAUGAAAAAAUUGAGGUCCUAACAGAAAGCUGAAGCAUAAAACUAUGAAGGGAUAAGAAGGGGUGAGGUACUUAAUGGAGAGACUAUAACAGAAUGUAUGUGGUGACUUCAUAGAGCAGAAUGUCUUAAAGUAGCUUGAUUUUUUUCAGAACACUUGUUUUUCUGAAUUACAGUAUAUAUUAGACCCUCAGUCUUUCAUAAUUGCCACACUUCCAUACCUGCUGAUGAAAGGUUCAGGUGAUCAGCUGUAGGCUUUAAUUGCUGGUAUCAGAAGACUUUUUAUUUAAAGGACACUGUCACAGUAUCUACAGUAAUUGUAAAGUUUUUGUUUCUAACAAUUUGGAAGAUUAAAUUUAAACUCAUCAGAUUUUUUUUUUUUUUUACUCUCUGGGGCAUACACACUGGGUUGGUGUUGGGCUGCAGGCAUUUUUUUUUUACAAACAAGACUAAAACAUCUUUUUGUUAGAGAGGAAGGAAAAGAAACAUAAGCAUGGAUGUAGUCUGGAUACUUCAAAAAAAAAUCCAUACUUUUGCCAUGUGCACCUCCUGCUAAUAGAAUCAGAGCAACUCCAGGCUGGUCCAUGUCUAGUAUCCUGAGCAAUGAUUAACCAUUUAAUUUACAUGGACUUGACAAACUUAGGUUGGAGGAAAGCUUAAUAGUGUGAUCCUACUAUCCUAAACUGUCUUUAACAUAUACAUAUGUAACACAGGGCCGUUUGAUUGUAUGCAGUUUAAUUGUCAUUGCUUCCAGUGGCUGCUGACCUUUAUAUCACCAGAGGGAUCAACCUCUGACAUCAGAAAGGAGUACACACUAACUUAUUUUCUCGGGGGAUGGAGUGGAGGAACCAACCAAGGUGCUCGAGACAAGUUCUCAGGAGCAGACUAAUUCUUAAUCAGUUGAAUGACUGUAACAUCUUUUAACUUUUAUAUAUUCACUACUUGGAUGUAAUAUCGAGGCCAUAAAUUUCCCCUUCCAGUAGGGCAAAGAUUGGUGGUGGACAAUGUUACACUGACUGAACAUGUGCAAGCAUUUCAGUUUUGGCCAUGCAUGGAAUCAGGAGUAUUCUAAAGAGAGAGAAUCAAUGCUGAACUAAUUAUAUCCAGCAUUUCAUAAAAUGGAGGGAAGUUGCUGUUACAUAUUUUCAUUAUUGAUGCAGAACUUCACUUGGAUGCAUCACUGGACAAAUUCAAAGAUCUUUUGUGUGUGUGGGGGGGGUCCCCAUGAGGAGUGCACAUCGGUUUUCACAGACUUAAAUUCUGUACAUGCUUUAGAGUCAAAAUAAUUUGGUGUGAAACAUCUUAUUUGUUUAAGUCUAUGAAAGCCAAUUUCUUUUGGGAAAAAAAAAUCCUGAAUUUAUUAAUAUGUGAAACUACUUGUUUUUAUUUACUUGUAUUCGGCUGAUUGUUUUUACAUGUUUAGUGUUUUCUUCAUUACAGUUUGAAAAUGCAUUAAAUCAUUCAACAGAG